AUGACGAUUUCCUUGAAAAUAAGUACCUCAUUAAACUAUAUUUCAUGCAAAAAAUCUAACCUGGUCCUUCCCAUCAGGAACCAAGGAAACCAGACUGCUGGAGUGACAUUCAUCCUCCUGGGCUUCUCAGAAUUCCCAGAGCUCCAGGUGCCCCUGUUCCUGGUGUUCCUGACCAUCUACACAGUCACUGUGCUGGGGAACACAGGCAUGAUCCUGGUCAUCAGGGUCAACCCCAAACUCCACACCCCCAUGUACUUUUUCCUUAGUCACUUGUCCUUCAUUGAUUUCUGCUACUCGACUGUGGUUACUCCCAAACUAUUAGAAAAUUUGGUGGUAGAAGACAGAACCAUCUCCUUCACAGGCUGCAUCAUGCAGUUCUUCUUUGCCUGCAUAUUUGUGGUGACAGAGACAUUCAUGUUGGCAGUGAUGGCCUAUGACCGAUUUGUGGCAGUCUGUAACCCUCUUCUCUACAUGGUUGCAAUGUCCCAGAAGCUGUGUUACUUGUUAGUUGGUGCAUCCUACUCUUGGGGGCUAGUCUGUUCCUUGACUCUUACUUACUUUUUACUGAAAUUAUCAUUCCAAGGAAAUAAUAACAUAAAUAACUUUAUUUGUGAGCAUGCUGCCAUUGUUGCUGUAUCACACUCAGAUCCCUAUAUUAACCAGAAGAUCAUUUUAGUGUCUGCUACAUUUAAUGAAAUAAGCAGUUUAGUGAUUAUUCUUGCUUCCUAUGUUUUCAUUUUUAUCACAAUCAUGAAGAUGCCUUCAACUGAGGGUCGUCACAAAGCUUUCUCCACAUGUGCCUCUCAUCUGACCGCCAUUACCAUUUUCCAUGGAACCAUUCUUUUCCUCUAUUGUGUUCCAGUCACCAAAAAUUCAUGGCUCAUGGUUAAGGUUGCCUCUGUCUUCUAUACAGUGGUCAUCCCCAUGUUUAACCCCCUUAUCUAUAGUCUCAGGAACAAAGAUGUGAAGGAGACAGUCAGGAAAUUAAUGAACACCAAAUUAUGUCACAUAUUGUAA